AUGGUCGGCCUUCUGGUCGCUGCGCAGAAGUGUACUAUGCGUUUGGUAUGUAUAUAUUUGUCUAUGUGUGCAGAGCCAAGAGGUUACGUAUUGUGCUUAGCACCGGCAGUAUUUACCUGGACAGAAAGCAGAAGCUCAACUGCAUCGAUGAUUAUACGACUGCCAACUAAAGGUCCACCACAGCGUUCCUUUCCUAUCAAUGUGCGGGGGGAAAGAGUACACGAUGACGACAAACCUCUCCCAGUCUCAUAG